ACAAACCCCGCCCCACUCCUGCUGAACCAAACUCCAAAAAACGGAAGGAAAUUAUCAAGUUUCUGGCUUUCUGGGUUAUAACGGUUUCACCCUUUUCGGGCUACAUGUUUAUUGGCCUUCAAUUGAUGAACAACACUCAAAUCACUGAAUUCAUCACCCAUUUUCUAAGAAUCCAUCAGCAUCAAGUCAAGAUAUUUCCAUGAUGGAUAGAGAGGAAUUUGCUAAUUGAAGCAGUAUCAGUCCCUUAUCCUGCAUCCUGGCACUGAAGAUGAUGCAGGUUACUGCGCCUUGAGGGUAGAAAAACUUUUCCGCUAGUUUUCACUGUUGCAAGUUCCUCCUUACUUUGUGAGUUACCAAUUGUACGCAUUGCUGUGGUUGAUCUAAAUGCAAAUUCUAGAACAAAAUCUAUUGAAAUGUGGAUAUUUUUGGAAGAUUUAGACUAAUAGUUAUUGCCUUGUUGUUUUCCUGUGGCUGCAUCUUGAUGGAUUGUUGAAAGUCACUACUGGUAGAGAUGGUUUCCAUUCUCCGCCACAGUAUUCCUGCUGUCACAAAUCUCUUUCUUUCUAUAGGAAAACCCACCAAACGCCUUCUCAGCCAUCGGUUAGUGGCUGAUGACCCAAAACAUACUGUUGCAAGCUCCGUCUGUGAUUCCCUCCGUAAAGGCUUGAACUGGGAUACUUUGAGCAGAAAAUAUGGAUCAGUUAAUUUGGAUGAUCUUAUUAUUGAAAGAGUACUUCUUGAAUUCAAAGAACCCAUUGAGGCAAAACGAGCUCUGAGUUUUUUUCAUUGGGCUGCGCAUAACAAUAAGCUUGGCCAUGGACUUAAGCAUUACUGCAUCAUCAUUCAAAUUUUAGCGCGUGCACGUCUAGUAAAUGAUGCUCGCAGUUUGUUAGAAUCCAUUUUGAUGAGGAAUGGUGAAAAUGAGGUUAACUGUUCUUUGAGAUUUCCUGUUGUAGAUAUGUUACUGAAUACUUACAAGGUAACCAAUUCGUGCUCAUUUGUGUUUGAUUUGAUGGUGCAAUCUUAUAGUAAGUUAAGGAUGUAUAGUGCUGCCUUUGAUGUUUGUUGUUACUUGGAUGAGCGUGGAUUCUCUUUAAGUCUCGUGACCUUCAACACUUUGCUUCAUGUCAUACAAAAAUCACCCGAUGACAGCAAUUUGAUAUGGGAGGUCUAUGGCCAUAUGAUUCAGAAGAGAAUAAACCCAAAUGAUGCAACAGUCAAAAUAAUGAUCAAUGCCCUGUGUAAGGCAGGUGAGCUGCAGAAAUAUAUGAACAUAAUUGGUAGAGUUCAUGGAAAAGGAUGCUCUCCCAUGGUGACUGUGAACACUUCUUUGGUAUUCAGGAUGUUAGGGGAGGGAAGAAUUGAGAAAGGACUUGUUUUGCUGAAAAGGAUGUUACAGAAUAAGCUGUUACUUGAUGAUGUGUCUUAUUCAUUGGUUGUUUAUGCUAGACUUAGAAGUGGAGAACUAAACUUGGCACGAGAAGUUUAUGAGCAAAUGCUGAGUAGUGGUUUUCUUCCCAACUCGUUUGUUUAUACUCUGUUUAUUGAAGGCUAUUGUGAGAAGGGGAUGGUUGAAGAGGCACUUAACUUGAUGGAUGAAAUGGUAAAUAUGGGUCUAAAGCCAUAUGAUGAUACUUAUAACUCUCUCAUUGUCGCUUGUGCUAGAAUAGGGGCCUCAGUGGACAGUUUUCGACUUUGUGAAGAAAUGACAGAAAAAGGUUUACUCCCAAGCACUUCAGCUUUUAAUGAGAUGGUAGGAAAGCUAUGUGAAUCAGGAAAUAUGAAGCAGUCCAAUGAUAUGUUAACUGUUUUGAUGGAGAAAGGGUAUUUGCCUGAUGAAACAACAUUUCUUCAUCUGAUUGAUGGCUAUGGAAGAGAGAAAAACAUUCAAGAGGCUCUAAAAUUAUAUUAUGAAAUGGAAUUUAGGUCAAUAUCCCCCGGAUUACCAAUUUUAACUUCACUGAUCAGGACUCUAUGCAAGUGUAGGAAACUGGAAGAAGCAGAUAAGUAUCUAGCCAUCAUGAAAAGGCGUUCGUUAAGCCUAACCGUGUGCAUCUAUAAACCACUCAUAUCUGCCCACCUUGAAAAUGGCAAUAAAGAAAGGGCCCAUCAUCUUUACAAUGAGAUGAUUCAGAGAGGCGUGAAGCUCAAUCAGCCAAUGCCCCCUGAUUUCUUUUCUGAAGAUCUUGAUUCUUGAAAACAGCUGCGUUGAGUAUCUUCUAUUGUGCCUUUAUGGAGGAUGCUAAUGGAGAAUCAUCAAUCAUCAACCCAUGACUAUCUUCCUCUUCCUCUUCCUCUUUUUGUUUCUGCAUAUUGGCAGCUGAAAUGCUGACAACCUCAUCAGAUGCUUUUAUUUCCCACUUGAAAAUAUCAAAAUUUGACAAACGAAAGAUUUGCGUGUUUCGCUUCAGAGACGAAAUGAGGAUAAUGGGAUAUGUUGUAUCCUUAUACUGAGCUACGAAGAUCAUAGUUACUGUUUAUGAUAAAUGAACUGCUCAUUCGGCCCAGAUAAUGAAGUCUGCUAAAGAUCAAGACUUCACUAGCAGUAAUGCAGGCUCCAGCUGAUAUGAAGAUUUGUUGCAGCCUGAUAUAAAGAUUUGUUGCUGCCAACCCAGAUCACACAUCAUAACAGUCAGCAAUUGUGGGCUUUCAGUCAAUCAGGAGUUACGACGACAGCGAAGAAUUAUACUGGUUAGUGGACCAAGUGGUUAGUUAACUGCUGCCUUUACUGAAUCCAGUUGCUUGCUAGUGGGCAAUGUAAAAACAACUACAUUUCUUCAGCCAUCAAAAUCGACAGCAGUCCAUUGUGCACCAUGUUGUACGUCGCUUGGAGGGGACCAAUUCGAGUAAUUUGACCAUGAUAACGAAGUCUGUGGAGAUCAAGACUUCACUAGCAGUAAUCCAGCUGAUAUGAAGAUUUGUUGCAGCCUGAAAUGAAGAUUUGUUGCAGCCUGAUAUAAAGAUUUGUUGCAGCCAACCCAGAUCACACAUCAUAACGGUCAGCAAUAGUGGGCUUUCAGCUGCUACGCCUUCUUGAGUUCCUGGCGACAUUUAGAGCUGAUGUGGCCUAAAGAUGGCUGCUAGCGGGGCCGGGUUCCGAGCACGAAAAAAGCAUAGUCCGGCACGGGCACAAAGUCAUGGGCUGUGGGCCGGGCCUAUGCCCUAAUUUUUUGGAAAAAAACACGACAAGGCACAACACAACUUGACCCGUCACGACAAAGCAUGUUAAAUUUAGUAAAAUUAGUCUUAGAUCCGAUAGGGCGGCCCGAAACCCUAUGGGCAUGGGCCAUGUUUUGAACUUUUCGGCCCAACCCGACUAGAUACAAUAUGGUCUUACAUGGGAUUGGUCCAGUUAGACCAUAGCCCGAAGCCCGACCUGUCCCACACCCAUCUUUAGAAUGUGGCCCUUCUGUUGGCGUUUCACUGUUUCAGUCAAUCAGGAGUUUAGGCGACAGCGAAGAAUUAUACUGGUUAGUGGACCAAGUGGUUAGUUAACUGCUGCCUUUACACUUUACAGAAUCCAGUUUCUUGCUACUUGCUAAGUUACGUCAAAAAACGACAUUUCUUCAGCCAUCAAAUCGACAGUAGUCCAUUGUGCACCAUGUUGUACCUCGCUAGGAGGGGAUCUUAAAAUAAUUGAGAUUGCCCAAACCCGUACUUUUCUAAUCAAAUUAUAGAUGAUCAGGUCUAAGCGAUCCAUUGUCUCCUUUCAAUUUUGGAAAUUUGGUCUCCGUGAAACAAACAAUACAAGUCAGUCGACCGUGAUUUAAUAAAUAUAAAAAUGACUUC